AUGUCUGCAUCACCCACCCGCGAGGGAUCUGCUAAUGCCGGUUCUUCAAACGGCAAUCUGGAUGAGAAACCAAGACUUUCUGAACACGAGAAGAAGGCAAACCACAUUGCAUCUGAACAAAAGCGCCGACAAGCGAUUCGCGAAGGCUUUGAUCGUCUGACCGAGCUGGUUCCUGGCUUAGAGGGGCAGGGCCGUAGUGAAAGCGUGGUUCUGAAGAAAACGGUUGAUUUCAUGCGAGCCCAGUUGGAUGAGAGACGGAGGUUGGUGGCCAAAAUUGAAGAAUUGGGAGGUCAGGUUGAUGACGGAAUGAGGCGAUGA